AUCGAAUCGCGCGAGACGAUACGAUACGAUCCAAGAGCCAAAUACUAAUUUGGUUAUGUCCGCGAGGUUCUUGCUGUGAUUGCGUCUUCGCGCGAGUUUCCGGUGUUGUUGAACGGUGCGCUUUAUAAAAUAAGUUCACCGCGGCUCGUUUCUCGACGCAGUUAGAAAUACCUCUCGGAAAAUGGUGGAGGAAGUACAAAAGAAGCUUCAGAACGAGGCCGACACGCUGAGGCAGUUUCAAAAAGAAUACAACAAGGCGCUGAGCCAGAGGCAACAGCUGGAUGGACAGCUGAACGAGAAUAUCAUGGUGAAGAAGGAGCUGGACCUUCUGAAGGAGGAGAACGACGUGUUCAAGCUGAUAGGACCCGUGCUCGUCAAGCAAGAGCUCUGCAUGGCCAAGGGGAAUGUCGACAAGCGCAUGUCUUACAUCAAAUCCGAGCUGAAACGCGUGGACGAUCAGAUGUCCACCCUGGACAAGAAGAUGGACUCGCAGAGAGGUGUCAUAGACAAAUUGCAGCAGGCGUUUCAGCAGGCCCAGAUUAAAGCGUCGACAAACCAACCGAAAUCUUAAUACUGUACAGAUCGCUGCUUUCAUGGAAUUGUCACAAUUGCAUAAUCAAUAAUUCUAACGAUAAUCGCUUAAGCGACAUUGUUACUCAUAUAGCCUCGUCAUUUGAUACACGGGCGUUGCGUUUGUUUCAUUUAUUCGUAUCGCAUAAAAUAGACGAUAAUUAAUAUAAAUCACGGCUAUGUGUUAUGAUCGUCCAAGUGCAAUUUAUGUAAAUUAAAAGCUGUACAAACUU